AUGAAACUUGCCAGCCUGCUGUGGGCAGUGGCCAUCUCCACCUGUCUUGGAUCCAGCGUGGCCCAGACUGUCACUCAGACACAGCCAGAAAUGUCUGUGCAGGAGGCAGAGACAGCGACCCUGGACUGCACGUAUGACACUAGUGACAGCAAUUACUAUUUGUUUUGGUACAAACAGCCUCCCAGCGGUGAGCUGGCUCUCAUUAUUCACCAAGAAGCUUACAAGCCACAGAAUGCCACACAGAAUCGCUUCUCUGUGAACUUCCAGAAAGCAUCCAAGUCCUUCAGUCUCAAGAUCUCAGACUCGCAGCUGGGGGAUGCUGGGAUGUAUCUCUGUGCGCUACAGGAGCUCACAAAAGGAAACUGUGUGUAUUCUGGGGUUGCAGGUAACCAGCUCACUUUUGGAAAGGGCACCAAACUCUCGGUCACACCAAAUAUCACGGACCCUCAGCCCGCCGUCUACCAGCUGAGAAACUCGAAAUCCAGCGACCUCUCCUUGUGUCUAUUAACCGAUUUUGAUUCUAAAACCAAUGUGUCACGAGGUACGGAACCUGCAGAAUUCAUCACAAGCCAAACCGUGCUGAACAUGAAGUCCUUAGAUUCCAAGAGCUACGGUGCCUUGGCCUGGAGCCAAAAGAGCAACUUUUCAUGUUCAGGCGCCUUCAAUGAAAGUAAUUUCCUUUCCUCCUCAGAUGUGUUCUGUAAUGCCAAGUUGGUAGAGAAAAGCUUUGAAACAGACAUGAACCUAAACUUUCAAAACCUGUCAGUGAUCGGGCUGCGCCUCCUCCUCCUGAAGGUGGCUGGAUUUAACCUGCUCAUGACACUGCGGCUGUGGUCCAGCUGAGGUCAGCAAGACUGUGAGAGCCUCGCUCCCUCCGCAAGCCGAGGGGGGCUCCCCCACCACCAUGGAGAGGAAGGCUCCUACCCCUUCUCUGCCCUCCCCUACCAAUGCGCUGGCUGGAUCCUACCAGAUCUGUGAUGAAGACUGUGGACAAGCGGCCAAACACCGUGGCACCCCACCCACCCACCGUGCUCCCUGUCCCUUUUCUGCUGCUUCUCACUGCCUGAAGCUCACAGCAAGGGUUGGGGUUGGCCAAAGCUUCUCCGUGCCUUGAAGAGACUCCUUCCCCUCCCCCAGAGCCUGGCCCUACUGUCCCCGUAGACGAUGGAACAACCCCCUCCCCCACCCCGGCUCCCACCGUACCCUGUGGACUCUCUUGGACUCUGGCUCCUGAAGAAUGUGUGUAUUCUUUUCAAUAGUACUCAUAAAGAAGCAUAUUACUUUUAUCCAGGAUUGGGGGGAGGGGAGGGUGCUUACUAUUCUAGACCCUGCUGUGCUGUAUAA